AUGCCAAAAGACAGUCGAAGCGAACGUUUACGACGACGACAAGUCCUGGACCUUAAUCCUCGCAGAGUGUAAGACGAUAUUUAUUGGUCCGGCUUUACAGAGCACGUUGCAAAAAAUACUUGCACUUCCUGUUUCAACAGCAAGUGUCGAACGUGGUUUUUCUUCGGUUGAUUGGACGUUAGACAGUAAAAGGCGCGCUAGAACAACCGCCAUGAAUGUGAACAAUUUCCUUCGGAUAAGAACAAAUGGUCCACCGGCACAUGUUUAUGCUCCCGAUGGCGACGUUGAUACCUGGGUUAAAGCCGGCAAAUGGCGUUCGGAUGACGAACGCCACAAACCACUUUUUGACAGAGCAAACUCGGAAGAGGUUUGAGAAACUAAACCGUAGACUUUUUACAAGGUAACUUUUACAGGUACACCGACAUCCCGACGUCUUCACAGACAAACAAAAUGAUUAUAAACCAGUCAACUGA